AUGAGCAUGGAUAUAUUCCCCCUAUUAGACACCUUAGAACUGGCAACAUGCUUGCAAAGUUGCGACUUUUCGCUGGCAACAGAAGAUAAUAUAGCACGUCCCACAUCGCAAUUCGUUAUUACGCUUUACAAGCAGAUUAUAGACAGUUUCAUGGGCAUAUCACCAGAUUACCUACCUGGAAAUGGGAAGCGCAAGAUAGAAGAGUCGGAGCCAGGGUAUGGUGAAGAGACCGGUUUCUCUGAAAGCAUGCAGGUUCUGGUGCUUAAUAAGAUCUGUUAUAGGUUCUUCCAGAAUAUAGGAGUGGCUGAUUUCAACCUUACGGAUCUGUACAGACCGGAUGCACAUAGGACUAAGAGGAUAUUGAGUGCUGUGGUCAACUACGCAAGGUUUCGAGAGGAGAGGAUGUUUGAUUGCAAUAAGUUUAUCUCCGAAACAGAGACACUAUUGGGCCAACUGCGAUCAAGGUUUGACGAUUAUAAUCUUCUGCAACAGCAGAUUAAGCGGUAUGAAGAUGAGGAGCGAAAGAUCGAAGGCUUGGCGUCCCAAGGCAAUGGAGAUGAGCUUCAAGCUCUUGAAGAAAACAACAGAAGUAUCGAGAUGCAAUUGAAGAAGCUGACUCAGCUACAGGAGAGUUUGUCGAUAGAUUACAACAACUACAAGGAGGAGAAACAAAAAUUGCUGAAGGAGCUGGAAGCACUGGGAUUUCAGAUUGUGGAACUCGAUUCUGAAAGAGAGAAGCUGAAACGGUAUUCAGAGAGUAAUAUGGACGAACUGGAAAAUAGCAUAGCCGAGUUGCAACGCUCUUUAGAUUCUAAAAGGGAGAAAUUAGCCACUUUAGAAGACCGACAGCGGAAUUUUCAUACUUCCACUCAAACUUUCAACAGAGUCAUUGAAGAAGUCUACGACGUGUUACAGGUUCUCUCUACGAAGAUACGGGAUUCACAUCGUGAAGAGGAAAAUUUGAUUGAUUUCAAGCAGCAGCUAUUGAUGCGACGCGAUAAACUGCGAAACGUACUAAAUUCCGGUGUCAUGGUUAAGCUCGCGAUACUUGACGAGCAAAUAGAGAGUCAGAAGACUAAGUUGGCCAGUUUCUAUCAAUCAUCAAAAGCCAGUCAUGAAGAUAACGCUGAUCAAAUUUCAAAACUGCAGGAAAAGUAUACAAAGGAAAUUGUGCCUAAAAUACAAGAGACCGAGAUUCAUAUUGAGCAAAAUUUGCUUGUUGGUCAAGUGAAAAAGCUGGAAGAGGAUAUGCACAAGCUGAAGAUCGAUUUUCAGCGUGAGGUUGACCAGAUCGACACUGAGCAUUCGUUACUUGCGAACCAUAUGAAUAACUAUAUGACAAUCAUGCUCGAAAGGAUGGACUAG